AUUUGCUUUUGAAUGCCCAAUGUAUGUUAAUUGAAAUGCCACCUAGUCCAUAAGCCUGGGGCCUUGUUUUCCGUUUCGAACGUGCCUUAAGAUGAAUUGAAUAUGUAUCCGCACAAAAACGAUAACACUUCAAACAGCAUAUGAGGAAGUACAAGUCCCAAAACUAACCAUUUUUUUGAUACUAAAAAUAGUCACCUCCAUUUUUGUGGAUAACUGCUUUGGCUGUUGGACAAUUCAUUUGUUAUCUUAUUACUCAAUAGUAUAAAAGAGGAAACGUGCUGAUCGGAGUUUUGAAUACCUACUCCAAAUAGGGCUUUGUGUUGAUCUGUUUCAGGAUGACUGAUUCAAUGAAUUUUGGUCCAGACUGGAUUCGCAACUUGUCUUCUGAAGGAAGUACAGGAAUUACUGGUGGAGGCACAGGUGGUGGGACACGGUAUCAGCUUGCAGAGUAUCGAUAUGGAAGAGAGGAGAUGUUGGCAUUAUUUGACAAAAAUGCCAAACCUCCUGCCUCAAUUACUAACUUCAAAUGCCUCUAUUCAGAACAGUGUCUAUCACCUUUAGCAUUGCUACCAACAACUGAAGAAGAAAUGCUUGCCUCCCAGCAGCAAGCGCCGGUGAUAAGGGGGUGGCAGAACCGUCCUGGCGCCAGCGGAGGGGGCCUCGGAGGCGGCGUGCCCAGCCUGGCCGGGGUGGCAUUAGGGGCGGCUCCAUGGACAGAGGAGGAAGACCGAGCAGGGGCAGGGGGUACCAGUACGGUGGGGGCGGCCGCGGCGCGUAUGACGGGAGUUGGGGCGGGCCGGGGACUGCUGGCGGCCCCGGAAGUGUGCAAGCUGACCCGACCAGUGAUCAGUGGAGUCCCAGGAAGGAGUAUAGUGGAGGGAGAGGCGGCAUGGAGAACUGGCGUCGCUCUCGCCCGUUGUCCGACGAUCACCUUGGCGGCGAGCCAGGCGGCAGCCACGAUGGGGCGGGAUGGCGCCGUAUGCCCGCCCCCACGUCUAGCAUGUUCGAAAAGUGGGGGCGGUCGACCAGCUGGCGAGACUCAUCGGGGGCCGGGGCAGGCGGCGAUGACGAUCGUCUGCCUACCGAGAGGCAAAGGGGCAGUUGGAGCAGCGGAGGUGGUGAAGGGCAGGGUGGAGGAAGGCCAACACUGAGACGGCCCGGAGGCGGCGGCGGAAGCUGGGACCACGAGGACCACCUGCCCGAAUGGGCCACUGAGAACCCGGCGGAUGGGGGCGGGUCGUUCGAUG